AUGACGGAGUCGCUGCUGCAGCAUCGAGACGGCUUAGAAGAUAGUGUAACGAUGUGCAGCCGCAGAGUCUGGACACACUCCACUCCCUCACUGACCGUGACUGAAUUGGAUCUGGUAAGAGGUCUCUUACAAGCUAUGCAAGGUCUGUCUAGUCCCUUCGUUUUAUGGGACAAAACUAGACAGAGUUUCCACGCUAAAACCACCGAGAUGAUUCGCGUCUCUCAUUUGUCCCCCGCAAGCCUCCAUGCACUCCUCGCUCCUUUUCUGUACGCCGCAACAUGUUUGAAGCUUGUGGAGUCUACCGUUGCUGGGAUUAAUAAUAACAACUCUCCUCCUACUUUAUUGGCGUUUUCUAAUUCUGUCUCUGCGUGGCUUCAGGCAAGCAUCCUCUUUACUUACUUUUGGCUCUUCUUGUAUAUUUCUGAGGCUAGUUUACAAUUUUCCAUUUGGACACAGAGACUCAGAGAUAUUGCUUUAAACGAGGAAGUGAAGAUCAACCGUUCAGCUAAUGUUACCUUCACUCCAACUCUCUUGGGGCUAACAAGUUCUUUAUCUAGGUCUGUAUUCUAUUUAGUUUUAUAUAAUAGGAUGCGAUUACUCAUUACAAGAUUUAUUCUUUCUUUUCCAUUUGCUAGUCUUUGUUCAGGUGCUGAAUACCUUUUACAAGUUGUACGAGGUGCUAUCCCUCAGGGUUAUUUUGAGUCCAGUUCAACUAUUUCGACUGCUGAAGUUGCUGUCCACGUUCUUGAUUACCUUUACAUGAAGUUGGAUGAUGUAUGCCUUGUACAAGGUGGUGAGGUUGAAGGAUUUCAUAUGCUGCUGCAAAUCUUUGCUGGAACUCUAUUGCCAUAUAUAGAGGGUUUGGACUCAUGGUUGUUUGAAGGAACUCUUGAUGAUCCUUUUGGAGAGUUGUUUUUUACAGCCAACCAAUCGGUCUCCGUAAACGAUGCAGAAUUUUGGGAGAAAAGCUAUAUGUUGACGAGGGUGCCGGGCCCAAAAUCAAGUGUAUCUUCGCUAAAUGAAAAGAAAGGACUGACUAGAAAUGACCCCAGUUCAGUUUCUGACAGAGAAAAAGAGCAGAAGAACCGGGUGUUAUGCCCAAUAUUCAUAAAAGACAUUAGUAAGUCGAUUGUUUCUGCUGGAAAGUCACUGCAGCUGAUGCAGCAUAUUCAUUCCACGUCGUCAGAAACUUCUGGAAAGAUUCAGUACCAUGGGCGAAAUGGUUUAGGGAAUUCCGGCUGUGGGGCACGACUGGCUAAGAAGAACAACGUUAGGAGUACUGCAGACUUAUCUUUGUCUGAAAUAUUUUGCCUAACUCUUGCUGGCCUUAUAGGCCAUGGUGAUCAUGUCUCUAGAUAUCUCUGGAGAGAUGAGGCGGAUGAGUGGGAGAUUUCUCCAGCUUUAUCAUCAUAUAUAAGUGGACAGCUGGAGAAUGACAUGGUUAAUAAAGAUCUUCCAGUUAUUACAUGCUCAGAGCGAAUCUGGUAUAAGUUGUUGGUCGGUGCUGUGCAAGAGAGAAGAGCUAAGGAGGCCAAAUCAGAACACGAGAGUGCAUGUUAUGUUACUGGCGUUAAGGACGAAAAUGAAGGUAUCACUGUCAAAAAGGCGUUGCCGAAUUUGUUCUGUCAUGAAAACCCUGUUGUUGCAGUAUCUAAAAUGGACCUUGAGAGGAAUGCAAAUGCUUGGAAUGUCCUGAACUUAUCACACAACUAUUGUCUACCUUCUCUAAAUGAUGAGAGUUUGUUGAGUGCUGUCUUCGAGGGGUCUGGCGUGGCAGAUGCUGGAUUGAUCGGCACAAACUACAAAUUUGGAUUCCAAUUUGGCAGGUCUGAAUAUCUUUCUUCUCAGGAUGAUACUGACGUUCUAGAAACACUGUUUCCCUUUCCCACUUUGCUUCCGUCAUUCCAGCCGAAACUCCAUAUGUCAGAAUUGCUACCUUACCAAAAGAAUAGUACACUUCUUUCAAGAGUUCUCAGCUGGAUGCUAAAGGCAGAGCCAAUGAAUACUCCACUUCCCGUUGUAAUAAUGCAAGAAUGCUUUACAAUCUACAUCAGGAGGCAGGUGGACUAUAUUGGCAAAGUGAUUUUGUCAAAACUAAUGAAUGAGUGGAGAUUGAUGCAUGAACUUUCGGUGCUGCGUGCCAUUUACUUGUUAGGUUCAGGUGACCUUCUGCAGCAUUUUCUGACUGUCACAUUCGAUAGGCUGGGCAAGGGAGAGUUAUCGGAUGAUGAUUUUGAGCUGAAUAUAAUCCUUCAGGAAUCAAUUAGAAAUUCAGCUGACGCCAUGCUGUUAAACAGCCCUGAUUCAUUAGUGGUAUCUAUUUCUAGAGAAGGUUGUUUAGACAAAGACACAGAUGACAAGGGUGACGUAAUAUCCCUUUCCUCAACUCGUAAAAGCCGCGUUAACAAUUUUGGGAUAGACUGCCUCGAGUCUCUGAAAUUUACAUACAAGGUGCCAUGGCCGCUUGAACUUAUUGCCAACAGUGAGACUAUUAAGAAGUAUAACCAGGUGAUGGGAUUUUUGUUGAAGGUCAAACGAGCAAAAUAUGUGCUUGAUAAAGCACGAAGGUGGAUGUGGAAGGGUAAAGGCUCUGCAACAAAAAUCCGCAAGCACCACUGGUUACUGGAACAGAAGCUCCUCAAUUUUGUGGACGCUUUUCAUCAAUACGUAAUGGACAGGGUAUAUCACACGGCAUGGAGUGAACUGUGCGAAGCUAUGGUAAAAGCAGGAUCUCUGGACGAGGUCAUAUAUGUACACGAGACCUACUUGUUAUCAAUUCAGAGGCAAUGCUUUGUGGUUCAAGAAAAGUUGUGGGCAAUCAUCGCAAGUCGGAUCAACAUGAUCCUGGGAUUAGCUCUAGAAUUCUACUCAAUACAACAGACACUUAGCAGCGGAGGAGCAGCUUCAGCGAUCAAAGCUAGGUGCGAAAUGGAAAUAGACCGCAUUGAGAAACAGUUUGAAGACUGCAUUGCUUUCCUUCUUAGAGUGUUGUCUUCUAAGCUUAAUGUGGGACACUUUCCUCAUUUGGCUGAUUUAGUGACCAGAAUCAAUUACAAUUAUCACUACAUGCCUGACACUGGAAGCUUGAUGACUGCUUCUGGAGCAGAGACCAUGUCUUCCAGAACAUGAACUGCCAAAUCUGAUGUCUGAAUCAACGGGGGAAUGGUCUUCAAAUCUUUGGAUCUUUCGAGCCAUUGUUGGAGUUUCUAGACCUCUUCCAUCGUAAGCUUCAAGGCUGGUCACUGGUUUUUAAUUAGACAUCGUUUGUAAUAUGUGUGUAGAUUAGAAAUUACACAUUUUCCAUAUCCAGCUUUUUAGAUGUUUAUGCACAUGUAAAAAAUGAUAUUAACCAUUUUCCACAAAGUUUAACAAAG